AUGAAUUUUGGAGGAAGUUCCAUUAAAAUUAGUAGCGAAGAUCUUAAAUCUAUUGAUGCAUACGAAGAGUAUAGACGAAUUGUGGGCGAUGAUGACAAUGGAAAACUUUUUACACCCAAGCAAUAUGAAGCUUACAAGAACAAAUACUUACCAUUGAGAAGUAAAAACAGAAUUUUUGUGUCUUGGACAAAUCCAAAUGGAGUGGAUUGCAUACUUGCCGGUCCACAAAGUGAAUGUUUCUGCCAACACCGGCUUAUACAACAUAAGACAGAUUUCGAGACAAUACCUACACAACGUCCUAUACAGUUACCAUGUAGACAUUGCAGAUGUUUGAGUUUUCAUGUGAUGCCGAAAUUCGGGAGCCAAAUUGCACGAUGUCAUUGUAAACAUUAUGCAACCGAUCAUAGUGUGGCAACACCUUAUUUUUGUUCAAAAUCCGACUGCAAUUGUAAUGGUUUCAGAACAAGUAUGCGAUGUGACUGUGGUAUCGAGUUACAUAAACACCAAAUGAUUAUGGAAACUGCCGAAGAACGUCAUAGUAGAGGUAAACCAAUAGGUCAGACUUCACCAUAUCAAGCUAUGGGUGGACUAACUGGAUUUAGUUCACUUGCACCUGGUAUAACACGUAUGGAUACAAGCGGUGCAGGCAAAUUAUUAUCAGAAGAAGAAAUGAAUAAGUCAAUUACAUCUGUAGAUAAUCCAUUUCUCCGUAGUCAUGCACAAGGAGUUUUUAAUUAUAAGUUGGCAGUUAAUGAUACGAACGGCGCUGAACGUGAACGUCAUGAAGUUGAGUCACAGAUGCGUCGUCCAGGAGAAUCAGAAUUAGAUUAUUAUGAACGUCGUUAUCAAGAAAGAGAAAAAGCUAAAUACAUCAGAAAACCUGAACAGAUACCUAAAUUUUAG